AUGGCCGACCCUUCAACCUCUGCGGCACAGAUGCCACCCCCUUCUGCCUCCACCGGUGCGCCUGGCUACGAUGGCAAUGCGCAGGGCCAGCAACAGCAUAUGCCUCCCCCACCGCUCGCUAUCCCGCAGAACACAAACCCAAUCCCCACUGCCAUCAGCUCUCCCAUGUCUGGCGGCGUCAUCUCUCCCACGAGCGGCGGUCCCGGCUACCAAGCUCGUCGAGCUGCACCCGAACCGAACAAGAGGGCACUGUACGUUGGCGGAUUGGAUCCUCGAGUCACCGAAGACGUCUUGCGUCAGAUCUUCGAGACCACUGGACACGUCCAAAAUGUCAAGAUCAUCCCGGACAAGAACGUGACCGACCCAAGUGCCAAAGGCUUCAACUACGGAUUCGUCGAAUACGACGACCCAGGGGCAGCCGAGCGUGCCAUGUCGACCCUCAACGGACGCCGAGUUCACAACACUGAAAUCCGCGUAAAUUGGGCAUACCAAUCCAACAACACGGCCAAGGAAGAUACUUCCAACCACUUCCACGUCUUCGUCGGCGAUUUGUCCAACGAAGUCAACGAUGAGGUUCUGCUGCAAGCUUUCUCCACCUUCGGUCCCGUCUCGGAGGCCCGCGUCAUGUGGGACAUGAAGACCGGCCGCUCUCGUGGUUACGGAUUCGUCGCCUUCCGCGACCGUGCCGACGCAGACAGGGCACUCAGCUCCAUGGACGGUGAAUGGCUUGGCUCUCGCGCGAUCCGCGUCAACUGGGCUAACCAGAAGGGUCAACCAUCCAUCUCCCAGCAGCAGGCCAUGGCCGCCAUGGGCAUGACCCCUACGACGCCCUUUGGACACCACCACUUCCCCACCCAUGGCGUCCAGAGCUACGACAUGGUCGUCUCCCAGACCCCCCAAUGGCAGACCACUUGCUACGUGGGAAAUUUGACCCCCUACACCUCUCAAUCCGACUUGGUCCCCUUGUUCCAAAACUUCGGUUACGUCACCGAGACUCGAUUCCAGUCCGACCGUGGGUUCGCGUUCAUCAAGAUGGACACCCACGAGAAUGCGGCCAUGGCCAUCUGCCAGCUCAACGGCUACAACGUCAACGGCCGACCCCUCAAGUGCAGCUGGGGUAAGGAUCGCCCACCCACCGGCCAGUUCGAGGGCUACUCCCCAGCCGGACAGAACCCCAACUCUGCCGGGCCCUCCCCCUACACGCCCAACCAGUACUUCCCGCAGUACAACGGACCAGGUGGUCCCAUGUCCCCUCAAGGUGAGCGACACAAGAGGAAGCUCCGCUACAGGAAGGCUAAUGCGCUGGCAGGCCCGAGCCCUGGAGGUCAACCUUUCGGGCAGAACCAGGCUGGCUUCGGUGGACCAGCAAUGGCUCAACCCUAUCAACCCCAGAUGCCCGGUAGCGCUGGUGGUUACGGCCGCGGCGGCCAACCCCAGCAGCAAUGGGGACAGCCCAACCAGGGCAACUUCAACCAGAACGGCUUCGGUGGUUACCAAGGCUAA